AUGUCGCACCGCUCGGCAGUUCAGUUCAAUCUGUGUCCGACGACGGUGCGGUUCGUAGCGGUGAAGCCGUGAAACCGUGUUUUUCGACUGCUUUGGUGGCGUACUGGCUACUUCCUAUGCGCCUUGGUGCACCCAUCCGGCCACCUUUCCUCGCUGUUUUACGUGUGUGUGUGUGCGUGCGCGCGUGUGUGGUGCGAGAAGGCUUGUUUGUGCAGUGCAGCAACAGUGUCUGCAAACCGGUGACGUUACAGCAAAAAGGAAGUCCUUAAUUCGUUGGAAUCCCUCGAUUCCUUCUCCGCGUGUUGCUCGAGCGUGAGUGUGCGUGCAUUGUAGGUGUGUGUGUGUGUGUGCAUUGUGUUUGUUUUGCUCCAGCUCCAACUCCUCCAUCUCCUCCCCCUCCCCCCCAAACGAGGGCGGCGUCCGAGUGGAGUUCCGCGUGCAGCGCCCCACGCGGCAAGGGGACGUAUCCGCGUGUCUGUGCCCUUCUCCGUGUGUUUCCGUGUGUGUGUGUGUGUGAGUGCGUGUGUGUGUGAAAAUGCAACCAGCAACGGCCGCCCUGCUCUUGACACUAGCGCUCGCCGGUGAGGCGUGGGCCGCCCACCGCAACCAGUACCUGCGCAGCUUCCCGGUCCACUCGGUGAACGAUCCGUGCUACGACGAGGACCGCCCGCGCCGCUGCAUGCCGGACUUUGUGAACGCCGCGUUCGGCGUACCGAUCGAGGCGUCCUCGACCUGCGGCCAGGGCAAACCGGCCCGCUUCUGCGAUCUGCGCGACCCGUCGGACGGGCAGCCGCCGGGCGGGUCGCCCGGGGGCCGCUCGGGCCCGCUCGAGUCGACCUGCGAGAUCUGCGACGAGACGGACGCGACGAAGCGCUACCCGGCGCUCGCCCUCACCGACGUGCACAACUCGAACAACGUGACCUGCUGGCGGUCCGAGCCGCGGUCCGGCACGGUCGACGCCGGCCCAGACAACGUGACGCUGACGCUGUCGCUCGGCAAGAAGUUCGAGCUGACGUACGUCAGCCUCAUGUUCUGCCCGCACGCGAUCCGGCCCGACUCGAUGGCGAUCUACAAGAGUGCGGACUACGGCAAGAACUGGCUGCCGUUCCAGUUCUACUCCUCCCAGUGCCGGAAGCUGUACGGCCGGCCGACCAAGGCGACGAUCUCGCCGAGCAACGAGCAGGAGGCGCGCUGCGUCGACCACAACCGCUACAGCGUGGACGGCGUGCAGGGGUCGCGCAUCGCGUUCAGCACGCUCGAGGGCCGCCCGUCCGCGCCCGACUUUGACAACUCGGUCAUCCUGCAGGACUGGGUGACGGCGACCGACAUUCGCGUCAUCUUCCACCGGCUGCAGCCGGCUAGUGGUGGCGGCGGUGGUUCCGCCUCGCACGCCAAAUCGCAAUCAACCGAGCUGCUCGGGGGCGGCAAGUUCGGCGGCCUGCCGAAGAAGGCGUCCGAUUUUCUGCUGCACGGCGGCGGUGGCGGUGGGCGCGACAGCCCGGUCGGGUCGGGCGUGUUUACGUACGCACUGUCCGACUUUGCCGUCGGCGGCCGGUGCAAGUGCAACGGGCACGCGUCCCGGUGCGUGAAGGGCGCGGACGGGAAGCUCGAGUGCGACUGCAAGCACAACACCGCCGGCCGGGACUGCGAGCGCUGCAAGCCGUUCUACUUCGAUCGGCCGUGGGGCCGCGGCACCAUGCGGGACGCGAACGAAUGCAAAGCCUGCCAGUGUAACGGACACGCCCGGAAGUGCCGCUUCAAUCUCGACCUGUACAAGAUGUCCGGGCGCGUUUCGGGCGGCGUGUGCACCGACUGCCGGCACGACACCACCGGCCGCCACUGCCACUACUGCCGCGAGGGCUUCUUCAAGGAUCCGACCAAACCGAUCACGCACAAGAAAACCUGCAAGCCCUGCGACUGCCAUCCGAUCGGGUCGUCCGGCAAGAGCUGCAACCACACGACGGGCCAGUGCACCUGCAAGGAAGGCGUAACGGGACUGAACUGCAACCGGUGCGCCCGCGGCUACCAGCAGAGCCGCUCGCAUAUCGCACCGUGCAUAAAAAUUCCCCGCGUCAUCAACAUCAACCAUCAGGCGCAGAACACGGCCCCAGAAUCCUACCAGUACGAUCCGGACGCGAGCGAAAGCACCAAAGAAAACUGUGGCAAAUGCAAAUUCGACACCAAGCGGCUCAAUCUGAACAAAUUCUGCAAGCGCGAUUAUGCCAUCAUGGCGAAGGUGACGGGCCGCACCACACCCGGCGGCAAGAAUGCGCCCCGCGACGAGGUCCGCUUCAACCUGCAGAUCCAGUCGGUGUUCAAGUCGAACGGGCCGCUGCUGCUGGCGAGCCAGCGCAAAUCGAGCAUCGGGCUGCUGGUACCGGCGAAGAAUCUCGACUGCCGCUGUCCCAACAUCAAGAUCAACAAGUCCUACUUGAUCCUCGGCAUGGAUGCGAAAAGCAACGGCGAGAACCUGAUGCUCGGCCCGAAAACCAUCAUCAUCGAGUGGAAGGACGACUGGAACAGGCGGCUGCGGCGCUACCAGCAACAGGCGGGCUCGUGCUACUAAGCCGCCAACACACAGUCAGCGUCCAAGUAUAAUCAAUAUGGCGUCGCUGCGUCGUUGAAUCAGCGUUUUCGAUAACGGCGAUCGGUCGUCUCGAUCAGUCCGGAGCGAAAAGCACUGCGGCAGAGCGAGAAAGAAAGGGCGAAAUAGCUUUCAGCGGAAGAUGAUCGCUCUUCUUUGAUUUGUUUUAUUUUUAUUGGUUGCCGUACUUGACCAGACGCACUUGAGCGUUCGUCUGGGCUUUCCUUUGUGCGAGAUGGCAUACCGCCAAUAGUAUUUUUUAUGACCCUUUCCAUCCCCACCUCAAUCGCUCAUCACUCCCGUUUUGGUUCAAUUUUGAAGCGGAUCCGUUUGUUUCUUGCCCGCCAGGUGGGCCCACGCUUUCCACUAAAUUAUUAUUACCCACCCAUGUAAUCUCUAUCGGGCGUCGUAAGCGUUCCGGCUUUUAUGGACGAGCCUGUAUUCAGUGAUUUUUCCCUCUUCUUCUGUUUUGUUAGUUUAGUGAAGCGGUGGCUGUACUGUUGUGCCCCCGGAAGUGGCUCACUUUGUCCGCCAGCUUUUGCGCUGUUGCAUACCCACCAUCCCUUCCCUACCCCUCCUGCUCCCCUGUUCCCUACAGUGUCCACUGAUUUACCUACUUCGUUCCGGUGCCAUUUUUUGUUGUUGUUGCAGCAGCAGUGUUUGAGGGUGCGUUUGCGUUAUAAUGCAAACGGGGAGAAAGGAAGGGGAGAAAAAAAAACAAAAUAUAAAUCCACCCCCAGGACGACGACGACGACGCAGGCGAGAAGUUAGAAUUGCUAUAGUGUGUAAGUACCGUGUAAGACCGAACAGGGGGACAGGGACAGGAGCAAAACGCCCCCGGACGCUCGCUAGUUCCGAAUUUCCGGGGGAUUAACUUUUGUGUGAGCUCGUACAGUAUAUAAUCCGCACGACUCACACACCUACACACACACACACACAGUACAAUGUAUGCAAAAUCCGAAAACCAACCAUGUAUGUGUAUGUAUGUUCAAAUGGUGCAAUGGUGUGGCUGGCGGGUGCUUGCUGUUGUUUUUUUUUUUCAUGUGUGCGUAAAGGCGCUAUAGGCUAUCAUUUGUUUUCUUAUUUAUUGUUUUUAUUUGGUUUGUUUCUUUCAUUUCUUUUUCUUUACCUUCACUUUCUUCUUUCUUUCCUAUUCUUCUGUUUUAUUUGCUUGUUCUUCUGUCUUCUAAACGUUUUGUUGUAAAUAAUUUAGAAGCUUUACUUUCUCUCUUGUUCUUUCUAUAAUUUUUAAGGUUAAAUUUCUCAUCUUUUGAGAUUCUAUCAUCCACCGACACGCACACAUAAGACGCAACAGCACACGCAACGGCAAUUAUUGACUUGUCUUUGUAGGGGGGUCCAUGUAUCAUACUAAAAUUAUUAUUAAACAAUGCAAACGGAAAUCGACAAAAAUGGAACAGAAGCAAAAAACAGGCAAACUCAGCACAAAAAAAAAACAAAAAAAAACAAACGACAUCAAGUGGCACAAACUAAGUCGUACGCACAGAAAUAAUCUUAACGCAAGCGAUGUAUUGCCACGGAUGGUGCGGAUACAGUUCUCCCGUUGGUUUGUGUUUAGUGUUUUUUUUUUGCGCUCGUAGUGGAUGCACUUUGCGCUGCAAGCCGACCGCCGCUGGGUAUUUUUUUGCUCCGAUGCGUUACUUCCGAUAUAUCAUAACGUAAAUCUACAUAUAUAUAUAUAUAGAUAUAUACACACACACACAAAGAAGAAGGAAGAAAAGAAGCAGUCGAAGAGAAGAACAGAACACAUAUGUAUAACACAUUAGGCGUAGUGAAUCAUUUCAUUUCGUUUUCAUCCUUCCUUCAUGGAUAAGAUAAAAAGAAGAAGAAGAAAAAACAAGUACGAAAUAUGGAGGAGGCGUCAAGCACGUGCUCCCAUACUGAGUGCUUUACCUUUAAACAAAGCAAAACAAAAAAAAAGCAAAACAUAAGCGUAAUUAAUCGAACGAAUACUAACACAGAAACGGAAAAAGCGAACGGGAAAGGAGUCAGUAAGCAGCAGAAAGCGAACGCAGGAGAAAGGUUUUACAUGGAGAAAUGAGCAGGAAAGAAGGCGAGAAAGGACAACAUCUAGAGUGUGUAACAAGCGUCCGAUGAGGAAGGUCGCGAUUUGCGCUAGCAAUGUGCGCAACACAACCGAUGUACGUACGCGAGGAAACAAUUUGCAUGAUGAUUGUGAUGAGAAUUUUAUCUGUAUAUAUUAUAAAGUUUUCCUAACCAAUAA